AUGACUUCGGCCGAUGCGGACGUCGCUUUUAGGAAGUUCAGUGUUGGCGAAAUCCAUGAUAUAGAAAAUAAAGUCAAAAUCGAUAUCGAGGAGAAGCGCAAGGACUUGCGGCAAGUUGUCUGGAAGCGCUACAGGGACAUAAUUGAAGCGGCCGAUUGCAUCAAGGAGAUUGAGCUGACUUGCCAGAGCUGCUCCCAGUCAGUUCGAAACGUCGUUGACGAUAUACAGCGGUUGCAAGACAUAUUAAAGAAUGCGUCAUGGAUCAGUGACGAAGAUAGUGAAAACAAUGAGCGGUUGUGCAGUCAAACGACGGACAUUGAGCUCACCGUUGACCGGCUUUGUACAUCCGUUCUGAUGGAAAACCUAUCUUCAGAGGAGGUGCUCCAAAGCUUUAUAUCCACUUUCAGUAGCUUCUUGCACCAUCUGAGCUCUCAAGAUGAAGACAGCAGCUGCCAGAAGAGCAUAUGUGAGUUGACGCGCACCGUACACGCUGUCCUGUUCGACGUCGCUCAGAUAUUUGCCGUCUCUGAUCAGGACAGCUUAAAUACGCUUCAGCGAAGAGUUAAAUCGAUGUUAUCCGAGCCUCGUUUGCCAGGUAUGCGAAAUUACUAGAU